AUGUGGAAGACUUGGCCUGACCUACUGCGUUCCCAGCCGGUGGUCGGCGUGCAGAAGGGCGUCCCCGUCAAUGUCACGGUGUGCCGCGACCUGGAUGAGGCGAAGGAGCUGAGAGGCAAGCUCCAGGAGUUGGGCUGCUGGGACAGAUGCACGAUCUUUGUGCCCAUCUCUGACGACCCGGCUUCGAGGAUGAUCGCCACCAACGCAGCUAUCGCCUUCGCCGAGCAUUUCGGUCAGGAGGAGGGCGAGGCCCUAGUCCUCUGCGACUUCGAGGCGAUGAGUGAUGUCUGGAACGUACUGGCGGAGAUCGCUGGUCAGGAGCGAUCUGCGCGAGGACUCCUUGUCGACCCGAAGGAGGAGCAGUGGGUUCAGAUGCAGGGCACCGUGAUUCGCGAGUCCAUCGGGGAGCGGCGGAAGUUUUGGUUCCGCAUGGUGAACCGCGCUGUGAACGAGGUGGAGAAAGGCUCGGUGACCCUCCUCGGUUGGCUCUGGGAACAGGACGGAGGCUACUUGUAUCGCAAGCGGCAGGCGUACGAGAUGAAGUUGGAGCAGAUCGGCAACAUCCAGCGCAUCUCGGAUGAAGUCCGACAGAAGCUCGUCGACAAAGUGAAGGCGGAUGCUGCUGAUGAAGGCAUUUCAUUCGA